UCUAAUUGUGUUGGUUCCUGUUUAGAUGGUUGCUGAUGAGCUGGGAAACGUUUCCUUUCGGACGUCUGAAGAACCUCAGCAGCUUUAUCCAGCAGCAGAACGCAGCAGGAGACCUGAUGAUGGAAGCACAAACAUCAGCCAGAUUAAGAAGAAAAUGAUUAAAACUAGAAGAGUUGCUAGCGUGAUCCUGAAGGACGGACGUUUUCUACAGACCAAGCAGGAAGGAAAUCAGACGGCAGCUGUAGGUGAAGAAGUUAGCAGAAGUGAGCUGUGGUUCGAUGCCGAGGAGGAUCUGGAGCUUCCUGAGGUCGAACAGAAUCCAGCAGCAGAACCAGCUGAUGAAUCGGUCCCAGAAGAAGGUUCAGUUCUGAGGGUCUCCAGCCUGCCAGGUGACGUCACCAUGAGGGACUUGAUGCUGCUGUUGAAGGACUACGAGGCCUCAGAGGUCAAAAUUUCUGCUCUGAAGGACAAUCAGAGGGUUGCCAUGGUGACGGUGAGUGGCCCUCAGGCUGCCAAGGCUGCAGUGGAAGAGCUGGACGGACGCCGGCUGAAGGAUCACACUUUACAUGUGGAGCACAUCAGAGGGAACGAGAAUCUCCAGGACCUCCCCAGACCUGGACCCUCAGAGAACCUCCAGGACCUCCCCAGACCUGGACCCUCAGAGAACCAACCCAGCAGUCCUGGAAGAACGCCUCUUAUCUCCAGCACCGGGAUCAGGAAGGUGGUGUUCAUCUCACCCACCGCUAGAGGAACCUGUGUUCCUCAGCACUAUGGCACCAUGGGCAGCUUCGACACCCUGAUGUCUGAGCUGCUGCAGCGCCACCCGGAGGUCGGCCGGCAGAAGAUCGCGGAUGCUCUGGUGGAGCUGAGGAGGAAGUAUCCAGGCGUCCUGACCGGCCUCCCCCUGCAGACCAUCAGGGAGAUGACCUCCCAGCUCCUGACCAGGCCAGAGACCGCCUCACAGAUAUAGCUACCAAAGAGCUGCUGUUACCAUGGAAAUGUUGAAAAUGUUCUGUUAGAGAAGCAGCAGUUUUCCUUUACAGCCUGAAUGUUUCACUCAGGGGUUAUGGUGUCUAAGUUCAUCCGGGUAGCAGCAGAUCAUUUAUAAGUUAAAGUCACAGAUGGGGCUUCUUCUGCCUUUCAUUUGGCUCUUUAAUUAAAGACAUAGUUUUAUUUAAUAGUUUUGGUAAAUAUCUACGUAUGAGACAGCUUUGUUUGUAUUUAGUGUCCAGAGUCAAUAAAAAGGACAUUUGCAGCUUCGUUGUUCUUUAAUUACAUAACGGGGGGACAUUUUCAUGAAGUCACUUUAUAACAUGAGCCAGGCUUAGUUCAGUUAGUCUGACUGUCAGGGUGUUUGGAUUCUGUCUGGCUAACUAUCAGGCUAACCGUCAGGCUAACCGGCAGGCUAACUAUCAGGCUAACCGUCAGGCUAACUAUCAGGCUAACCAUCAGGCUAACUUUCUGGCUAACUGUCAGACUAACAGGCUAACUGUCUGGCUAACUGUCAGGCUAACCGUCAGGCUAACCGUCAGGCUAACUAUCAGACUAACUGUCUGGCUAUCUGUCAGGCUAAGUGUCAGACUAGCAGGCUAACUGUCAGGCUAACUGUCAGGCUAACUAUCAGGCUAACUAUCUGGCUAACUGUCAGGCUAACCGUCAGGCUAACUAUCAGGCUAACUAUCUGGCUAACUGUCAGACGAUCAGGCUAACUGUCAGGCUAACUGUCAGGCUAACUCUCAGACUAUCAGGCUAACCGUCAGGCUAACUAUCAGGCUAACUGUCUAACUGUCAGACUAUCAGGCUAACUGUCUGGCUAACCAUCAGGCUAACUGUCAGGCUAACUAUCAGGCUAACUGUCUGGCUAACUAUCAGGCUAACCGUCAGGCUAACUAUCAGGCUAACUGUCAGACGAUCAGGCUAACUGUCAGGCUAACUGUCAGGCUAACUGUCUGGUUAACUGUGAGACUAUCAGGCUAACCGUCAGGCUAACUGUCAGGCUAACUGUCAGGCUAACUAUCAGGCUAACUGUCUGGCUAACUAUCAGGCUAACUGUCUGGCUAACUGUCUGGCUAACUCUCAGAUUUUCUGGCUAACUGUCAGACUAACAGGCUAACUGUCUGGCUAACUGUCAGGCUAACCGUCAGGCUAACUAUCAGACUAACUGUCUGGCUAUCUGUCAGGCUAAGUGUCAGACUAGCAGGCUAACUGUCAGGCUAACUAUCAGGCUAACUGUCUGGCUAACUGUCAGGCUAACCGUCAGGCUAACUAUCAGGCUAACUAUCUGGCUAACUGUCAGACGAUCAGGCUAACUGUCAGGCUAACUGUCAGGCUAACUCUCAGACUAUCAGGCUAACCGUCAGGCUAACCAUCAGGCUAACUAUCAGGCUAACUGUCUAACUGUCAGACUAUCAGGCUAACCGUCAGGCUAACCGUCAGGCUAACUAUCAGGCUAACUGUCUAACUGUCAGACUAUCAGGCUAACUGUCUGGCUAACCAUCAGGCUAACUGUCAGGCUAACUAUCAGGCUAACCGUCAGGCUAACCAUCAGGCUAACUAUCAGGCUAACUGUCUAACUGUCAGACUAUCAGGCUAACCGUCAGGCUAACCGUCAGGCUAACUAUCAGGCUAACUGUCUAACUGUCAGACUAUCAGGCUAACUGUCUGGCUAACCAUCAGGCUAACUGUCAGGCUAACUAUCAGGCUAACUGUCUGGCUAACUAUCAGGCUAACCGUCAGGCUAACUAUCAGGCUAACUGUCAGACGAUCAGGCUAACUGUCAGGCUAACUGUCAGGCUAACUGUCUGGUUAACUGUGAGACUAUCAGGCUAACCGUCAGGCUAACUGUCAGGCUAACUGUCAGGCUAACUAUCAGGCUAACUGUCUGGCUAACUAUCAGGCUAACUGUCUGGCUAACUGUCUGGCUAACUCUCAGAUUUUCUGGCUAACUGUCAGACUAACAGGCUAACUGUCUGGCUAACUGUCAGGCUAACCGUCAGGCUAACUAUCAGACUAACUGUCUGGCUAUCUGUCAGGCUAAGUGUCAGACUAGCAGGCUAACUGUCAGGCUAACUAUCAGGCUAACUGUCUGGCUAACUGUCAGGCUAACCGUCAGGCUAACUAUCAGGCUAACUAUCUGGCUAACUGUCAGACGAUCAGGCUAACUGUCAGGCUAACUGUCAGGCUAACUCUCAGACUAUCAGGCUAACCGUCAGGCUAACCAUCAGGCUAACUAUCAGGCUAACUGUCUAACUGUCAGACUAUCAGGCUAACUGUCUGGCUAACCAUCAGGCUAACUGUCAGGCUAACUAUCAGGCUAACUGUCUGGCUAACUAUCAGGCUAACCGUCAGGCUAACUAUCAGGCUAACUGUCAGACGAUCAGGCUAAUUGUCAGGCUAACUGUCAGGCUAACUGUCUGGUUAACUGUGAGACUAUCAGGCUAACUGUCAGGCUAACUGUCAGGCUAACUAUCAGGCUAACUGUCUGGCUAACUAUCAGGCUAACUGUCUGGCUAACUGUCUGGCUAACUCUCAGACUAUCAGGCUAACUGUCAGGCUAACUAUCAGGCUAACUGUCUGGCUAACUAUCAGGCUAACUGUCUGGCUAACUGUCUGGCUAACUCUCAGACUAUCAGGCUAACUGUCAGGCUAACUAUCAGGCUAACUGUCUGGCUAACUAUCAGGCUAACUCUCAGACUAUCAGGCUAACUGUCAGGCUAACUGUCAGACUAUCAGGCUAACUGUCAGGCUAACUGUCAGACUAUCAGGCUAAUUAUCAGGUUAACUGUCAGACUAAAUCUAAAUUAUUGUUUCACCAGAGUUCCUGCUUAAAUAAAAAACUAAACUAAGUUAUAGAACGAUAAAUGAAAUGUACACGUAUGUAAGUGUUCAGGUAAUAUGAUGUGAAACAUCUCCUGACACAUUAAAUAAAUCUCAAUCUGAAUAACUUCAAUCAAACAAUAGUUAUAGAAAUAGUUGAAAACAUCAGAAUAUACUGAGCAGAAAUGUGAUGAUAUUAGAAUAUCAUCUUAGAAAUGAUAGUAUUUACACCUAAAAUCAAUAAUAAUAGUAAUAAUAAUAAUAAUAAUAAUAAUAAUAAUAAUAAUAAUAAUAUAUCUCCUAUAAUCACCCUAAACACCAGGCGUGGUUACACUAUAAACUGCCUUUAUUUAAGUAAGUAAGUAUUUAAGUAUUUUAGUAUUUAAGUUUCACAGACGCACUUAAACAUCAACAGACAAAGUUUAGUGUGUUUGCAGUUUCUGACAGUUUGAUUCUGAUUAAAGCAGAUUAACGUGAAAACUAAUGAAGAUUUAAUGAGGAACAGAGUUUAUGGAGCCACUGACUCCACAUUCAAGAGGUUUUAUCUGAGCACAAACACAAAUAUGGGCCUCUCAGAGUCCAGUACAAAGAUAAAUAAAUAAACAGGAAGUACAAACAUUCCCAAAACAAAACACUCUAUAACAGCAAUAAAAAAUAGAAUACAAAAUAUGAUAAUCUGAAUGCGACAAGGAAUGAGUAAAGUACUAACAGCUGUAACUAUAUAUGAUGACUAUAUACACUGCUCAAAAAAUGAAAGGAACACUUUUUAAUCUAAGUAUUGCAUCAAGUCAGUCAAACAUGUGGGAUACUUCUCUGGUCAAGUAAGUAACAGAGGUGGUUUCUAAUCAGUUUCAGCUGCUUUGUGUUAAUGAAAUUAACAACAGAUGCACUACAGGGGUAACAAUGAGACAACCCCCCAAAACAGGAAUGAGUUUAUAGGUGAAGGCUACUGACAUUUUUCCCCUCCUAAUGUUUUCUGACUGUUUUUCACUAGUUUUGCAUUUGGCUAGGGUCAGUGUCACUGCUGGUAGCAUGAGGUGAUACCUGGAUCCUACAGAGGUUGCAUAGACAGUCCAACUCCUGCAGGAUGGUACAUCAAUGCAUGCUGUUGCCAGAAGGUUUGCUGUGUCUCCCAGCACAGUCUCGAGAGCAUAAAGGAGGUUCCAGGAGAAGGCAGUUAGUCUAGGAGAGCUGGACAGGACCAUAGAUGGUCCUCAACCCAUCAGCAGGACAGGUAUCUGCUCCUUUAUGCAAGGAGGAACAGGAUGAGCUCUGCAGUAGCUCUAGAAAAUGACCUCCAGCAGAACACUGGUGUGAAUGUCUCUGACCAAACAAUCAGAAAGAGAUGUAAUGAGGAAGAUCUGAAGACCUGAUGUCCUCUAGUGGAUCCUGUGUUCACUGACCGGCACUGUGGAGCUCGGUUGGUAUUUGCCAUAGAACACAGGAACUGGCAGGUCCAUCACUGGUGCUCUGUGCUUUUCACAGAUGACAGCAGGUUCAUCAUGAGCACAUGUGACAGACAUGAAAGGGUCUGGAGAAGCUGUGGAGAACGUUAUGCUGCCUGUAACAUUGCUCAGCAUGACCGGUUUGGUGAUGAGUCAGUGAUGGUCUGGGAGACAGAUCCAUGGAGGGACAUACAGACCUCUACAGGCUGGACAGCAGCACUCUGACUGCCAUUAGGUAUCAGGAUGAAAUCCUUGGAUCCACUGUCAGACCCUACGCUGGUGCAGUGGUCCUGGAUUCCUUCUGGUGCACCACAAUGCCUGUCCUUAUGUGGCAAGAGAAUUCAUGCAGUCCCUGGAGGAUGAAGGAAUUGAUACCAUUAACUGGCCUCCACGCUCACCUGACCUGAAUCCAAUAGAACACCUUUGGAACAUUAUGUUUUGGUCCAUCCAACACCACCAGGUUGCUCCUCAGACUGUCCAGGAGCUCAGUGAUGCCCUGGUCCAGUUCUGGGAGGAGAUACCUCAGGACACCAUCCAUCGUCUCAUUCAGAGCUUGUCCCGACAUCGUCAGGCUGCAUACAAGCACAUGGAGGCCAUACAAACUACUGAGUACCAUUCUGAGUUGCUGCCAAGGAGUUUCAGAAAGAUGGACCAGCCUACACCAUCAGUUCUUCACUUUGAGUUUUGGGGUGUCUUGAAUUUAGCCCUCCUGUGGGUUGAUCAUUUUCAUUUCCAUCAAACAAUGUAGCAUCUUUUCAUUCCUAACACAUUAUCCAGUCCAUAUCAAUGUAAAUAUCCAGUUUGUUUUUUCCCCGCAUUGAAAUAUGUUUUCAAAGUAUUCCUUUAAUUUUUUGGAGCAGUGUAUUAUAUUAACUCAGUGGAUAUAUAUUUAUUUAGUGGAUAUAUUAUAUAGUAUAUUUAUUAGUUGAUAUUAUAUAUUAUGUUCAUUUAGUUAAUGUUUAAUUAAUAUAUGUUACAUUUAUUUAGUUAAUAUAUAUUUAGUAUAUGGGCUGCACAGUGGUGUAGUGGUUAGCACUUUCGCCUUGCAGCAAGAAGAUCCCUGGUUCACGUCCCGGCUUUCCCGGGAUCUUUCUGCAUGGAGUUUGCAUGUUCUCCCUGUGCAUGCGUGGGUUUUCUCCGGGUACUCCGGCUUCCUCCCACAGUCCAAAAAUAUGCUGAGGUUAAUUGAUUAUUCUAAAUUGCCCGUAGGUGUGAAUGUGAGAGUGAUUGUUUGUCUCUGUAUGUAGCCCUGUGACAGACUGGUGACCUGUCUAGGGUGUCCCCUGCCUUCACCUGAGUCAGCUGGGAUAGACUCCAGCCCCCCCAUGACCCUAGUGAGGAUUAAGCGGUGUAUAGAUAAUGGAUGGAUGGAUG